AUGGUCCAAAUUCAUUUAGUACAAUGCCCCUUGGUUCUGAAUCUCCACCAAUAGCGUUAAAAGGUACACUCCCUUCGCCAGCUGCAAGCAUAUUGGCUUGCAGAACGUCGUUAGUUAAAGUGGUUACUGGAUUCGCAGUAGGCAUCGGAACUUGCGCUGAAAAAUCGGGUGCAGCUGAUAUUGAUGAACUUGUUGAUAUUAAAUUUAAUUGGUCAAUUAUUGAUCGUCUUGGUAGUUAA